AUGAUAUCUUAUAAUUUUAAAUUAUUUAUAUUUUCAAUUAUAUUAGGAACAUUAAGCUUAAUUUAUAAUAAUGACUAUGAAAGAUUAUAUAAAAACAAAAAAUAUAAAAAUAUCUUAUAUGUUCCAACAAAUUUUAGAUCAUUAGCAGAAGUAUCAUUGGAACGUAGAACAAAUCAUAUACAACAAAAUUAUGAAUUUAGGGAACAUGGAAAUACGAAUGAAACAAAAUACAAGAAAAACAAAUAUCCAAAAGAUGACGCAAAAACAAAACAAAAAAUACUAAAAGUAACAGAAAAGGAAAAUACUGGAACACCAAAUUACAGGAAAUAUAAAAAAGGAACAUAUGAUAAAGAGAAAGAAGAAAAAUCAAAUAGAUCUCCUCAUUCCCUUAAAUAUUUAGAAUUACAAAGAAAACUUUAUAAUAAUUUUUAUGUAAAAUCAGAAAUGGAUUUUCAUAAUUUGUCAGAUAAAUCUAAUGAUAACUUUUAUGAAUGUGCAUAUGAAAACAAAUUGUACGACACAUUAUAUUUAUCAAAUAAAGUACAUGAUAAUUAUUUAGAUAAUUUAAAAUCGGGUUGUGCUGGAGGCAUAGGUGUGUGUGCUCUUUCAUUUACAGUUACAAAAAUAGCUGGUUCUACUGCUGCAGCUAAUGCAUUAAUUACAAAUGUUUAUACUUCAGUUGCGCUUAAUCAAUUGUCCCAAACCCUUGUCGGCCUAAAUUUAUUCUUUGAAUCUGUCAUACAAACUGCUAUUACUUCUGGAAAGAUAUCCAUCAUUAAUAGUUCAAUGGCUACGAAGGCUGCUACUGAUGUUAGUGGAGCUUUCGGUCCUUAUGGUAUUGCUAUUUAUGUUAUUAUUGCAAUAAUAGUUGUACUUAUAAUAUUAUAUAUAUGGUUGCGUAAGACAAGAAAGAAUUCAUGGAAACAUGAAUGCAAAAAAUAUUUAUGUAAGUAA